AUGGCAAGCAGCACAUAUCCCAUCAAGAAUAUUGCCAUCACUGGCGCCUUGGGUAAUUUGGGCACAAAACUCUUGCGCCAUUUGGCCUCUCUUCCCGGCGUGGAACGACUUGUUGGUCUCGAUAUACGACCUUGUCCAUCGGAUCAUGUUGUUAAGCUACUCGAUCGAAUAUCCACACCACCUACACUUGAGUUCAUCCAAUGCAACGUCGCCGAUUAUCAGGACAUACGCUGGCGUGAGGUGAUCGCCACCCAGGUCGAUGCGGUCGUUCAUUUUGCAGCAGAUAAUCCUUAUCCCGAGGCAACGUGGGCAGAGGCAGCCACCUCACUCGACAUGACUUUGAAUGUUGCCCUGGCAUCUGCCGAUAGCGAGUCCCGUGUGCGCCGGGUGGUUUUUGCUACUUCCAAUCAUGUGAUGGGUCGUUACAAAGACCCACCACUGACCGAACAAAUUGGCGUCGGCGAACUAACACCUGCGUUGCCACCAGGCGUAGGCGCCGUGUGGCACACAGGUGAAAAGUCCAUGGACUCCACGCCCUAUGCCACGGCCAAACUAAUGGGUGAACGUGUCUGUUGUACUGCGGCGUUGCGCUCCGGUGGUCGUACGACUUUUGUCUGUAUUCGUAUUGGAUGGUGCCAACCGGGAGAAAAUCUUCCUUCGACGCUCUCUGCAGCCGGUACACCGACGCAACAAAGUAAGGAAGAAGAAGGGCAGCGCGAUGAAGCUUUUGCUCGUGCCGAUCAAUGGUGGAAAAAGAUGUGGCUGUCGAACCGUGAUUUUACGCAAAUCUUCGAACACGCACUUUUUGUUGGCGAUGAUGAAGGAGGAAAGAAUUGGUGGCAGAAUGGAUUUCUUCUGGUCAAUGGCAUGUCGAAUAAUCCCGGCAUGAAAUGGAGCCUGGUCGAGGCACGAGAAUCUUUAGGAUAUGAACCUGUGGAUGGAUUUAGCUCGUGA